CUACUCUGGUCACACUGCACACAAUUUGUUUAUAUUUGUUGUAAGUAAGUAAUAAAUGUCAAAUUUACAGCUGACCCAAGAAAAACUCGAUGCAUUGCGCUCUGAGUACAGACCACGUAGGCCGUGUGCGCUUCUCAAAUAUCCCAGACCGAAGACAAAGCCCGAGUAUCAGAGUCUAUAUCCCUGGAUAAUACUCGAUGAAACGGAUCCACACUUUGUGUUCUGCGCUGUCUGCGAAUGUCGACUGAGUGCCAAACGAUCCGAUCUUGGGAAGCACGAGGGCAGCAUCAAGCAUUCGGAGAAUGCACAGCGCAAAUCACUAUCUUUGAGCAAUGAGGUAAAGGCUGAAGGGGCAAAUGGAGUGAAGUGGGAGUUUAACGAUGAUGAAGAUGGUAUUGUGCCAUCGUUGGGCUUUGGCGCCGAUGUUGCUGAUAUGUGCAAGACUGAAGAAGACGAAGUGGAGGCUGAAGCAGAUGCUGAAGAAGAUGAAGCUGACGCCGAUGCUGAAGUAGAUGAUGAUGAUGACGGCGAAGUCGAUGGUGAUGCUGACCUUAAUUCAGAAUAUGAACCACAGACUAAACGACGUGUCUCCGAAACAGACUCGCAGAAUUCCGGAAUGUUGGAGUAUUUGCCACUGCAGGUGACAAUCAAUGAACUACCUCACGUCCAGCUAACGCCAGCAGCUCAGCUCUCCGCACAUUGUCAACAGCAACCGGUGACCUCAACGCCACAACCUUGUCGCAUUACUAUUAAAAAGGUAACGGCACCGACAUUGUCCAGUACGACAACGAACAGCUGCCAAACGCAGCAGCAGGAAAUCACCUCUAAGGCAACCAUAACACCCAUUUCCAGUGGCUGUUACACGCCCACAGUUCGUCAGCCGCAGCUGCAAUCCUAUGCUAGCCGACAACUGCAGUCAUAUCAAUUACAGCACAUCGCUGCACGCGACUCCCUUGAUCUCUUCUUCGACAGCAUUUGCGCCACGGUGAAGACACUGCCGCCAAAGCUGGCAACCGAAGGUAAAAUCCGUGUAAUGCAGCUGAUCGGUGAGCUGGAACUGCGCGCCAUCAAUGAGCGCGAAGCGGUGCCAACAGUGAAUCCGAUCGGCACGCCACCAGAUGCUUCAGCCUCCACGGGAACUGCAGAUGCGCCAGGAAGCAGUCAGCAGAAUGCAACGGUGGCAUCGACAACCAAAUGAUCGGUGUGAAUGCUUAGUCCCUGGAACCAGUUCAAACCAUACUCUUAUCAUUAGCGAAAAAGAUUCGUGUGCACUGCAUACUGUUAUAUGAUUGUUAAUAGCAUACUUCUAUACAUAUAUAUAUAUCGUAUAUCUAGUAUACACAUAUAGUAUUAGGCUUCAUUCACAACCGUCAGCAGCACAGUUGUAAUUUUGACCACGCGGGUGCGAAGGUAAAUACUGUUAUCACCCUUUGCUGCAGCAGCUGUUAUCGGUCAAAGAUUGAUUAAGUAAAACAGAAAAAAAUACCAUUCAAUUAUUAAUUAAUUAAAAUUUAUCAUUAAAAAAGUCUGACAAAAUCAACAA